AUGAACCGCAAACCUGCGCGGCCCUUCAACAUCGUUAAAACAGGUCGAACAUUGUUCUCGGUCAACAACGUGUCUUUGGGGAACAGCCUCGGCCAAUUCCCUGCUCCUAGACUUGCCAAGUACCUCAGCGCAAUUGGGCGAUCCUACAUGGUCCUUCGACCUGCUGAUGAGGAACAGAAAAGCAAGAUUGUUGUCAAGAUUACCACUGUGACCGGGCAUGGAUCGUGUGAUUCUACGCGUGAUCACAUAGCAUAUCCACCAACGUCACAUUGGGACAUGGGUAGUACGCAAUUGAAUCCGUAUGAGCUCCGGCGCGUGGCAUGGACUUGGCCAUUGCUGCCACGAGGAAGUCCGGUCCGCAAUGCUGGCUUCUAUGAGCUGAUAAGCAUACGACAGCAAGAUGCGUGGGAAGGUAACAAGGACAGUUGUAAAAUGACUGAUGUUGCAACUGCGGUCCUGAGCUUAGCGAUUCUUGGCAGAAGCUAA